GCCGCGGGCCACGGGGUCCCUCUCGUCGACCACGAGCUCUGAAUAGGCGUAAUUACAAGCUGGUCUCUAUAGCUGCACGAUGGUGACGCGAAAGCCUCUUCCCGCGCACCCCGCCCUCGACCCAGCUCUCUUGCAGCAGGCACGGGAAGCAUGGGCACCGAGCAACGAGGCAGAUGACACAAGAUGGGACGGCGAGGCAGUUCGGCCACGUCAAGGCCAGGCAGGAAGCACGGAACCGCCGCCGUCCGACACCAUGAACGCUGUGAGGCCUGGCGUCAAUGCCGACUUUGUCGGCGUUGGGGAGGAGGGCAACGUGUGGGCCGAAAGUGCAGCCGCGCCGAAACAAACGGAUGGCCUGAGCGAAGUGCCGGUGGCGCCCGGACCCGGCAGUAGCCAUGAGCCGGACGCAAAUGGGAACCAAACGGCUGCGACGGGCCAACCUUCUCUGCCAGUGCCGUCAGCCCUGGGGCCCGAAGGGGGAGUGCCGAAAGCAGAAACCAACCCGUUUAAACGGAAGAUGUUGUCUCUUGGGGCGGAGGCUGCGGCCGGCAAGCAAGAUUCAGCUGACCGCCCCCAACUGCCGGCUCUUCCCGUCGACGACUUCUCACAGCUCAGCCUCAACGAGACCAGCACCAAUCCCUGGCAACCAGCGCUCGACGAACACAAGGCGACCCCCCCGCCGGCCCCGAGGCUACUGGACCAGGAGGUCGCCGGGGACAAUGUUUGGGCUUCAGCAAAACCAUCGCGCCAGCCCACCCCUAAGCCGACACCAGCCUCCCCGGCGCUCUUGUCUCUCCCCUCGGAGGAAGGAUCUGCCGGUUGGGAGGAGGAGCCGAAGAAGCAGGCAAUUUCUUCGACGCUUAUUGACACGGCUGACGAGGAAGUGCUCGACGAUACCCGUACAUGGGAUGACCUCAAGCCUAUCGACAAAGGCAAGAGCCCUGCGCAGCUGCCGCCGGUGCUGAACAAGGGGGCCGCGGGAACAGACGACUGGAACUUGAUCGACGUGGAGACGCAGCCUAGGCCCCUUUCGAGGCAGAGCACUUGGGAAAACUUCAAGGAUGAGGACGAUGCUCCAAACACAACGUCUGCAGCGGGGGCAGGCGGGGAGACAGCUCCAGCUCCUACCUCAUCUCCGCAACGGUCGAGCGAGGCAGCGCCCCCGAAACCGCAGCGCCCUGUUGACAAGUCCGAGACAUACCAGAUCAAGAACAUUACAUGGCACGACCCAACAGCGGCCAAGAAUCCCAGAACGUCGCCCAUCCUCGUCCAGAACGCCAAUGGGCCAUGCCCGCUAGUGGCGCUGGUCAAUGCGUUGAGUCUCACAACACCGGCAGACGUGACAAGCACGGCGCUUGUCGAGACGCUGAGGUCACGCGAGCAAGUCAGCCUCGGGUUGCUGCUGGAUGCCGUUUUCGAUGAGUUGAUGUCGGAGAGGCGCACGCAGCCGGACGUUCCCCUGCCGGACAUGACGGAGCUGUAUGAUUUCCUCCAGGGUCUGCAUACCGGAAUGAACGUCAAUCCGCGCUUCAUACCGACGCCGGGUGUUGUCCAGGCCUUCAAACGCACAUCGCUGACGCACCUUCAUCCCACGGAGCGCAUCGACAUGAUUCCGGGGACCUUUGAGCACACCAAGGAGAUGGCGCUUUACUCGACCUUUUCGAUCCCGCUCAUCCACGGGUGGCUGCCAUCCAAAGACGACGUAGUGUAUGAGGCGUUCUCGAGGCAAGCGGCGUCGUACGAAGACGCCCAGAACCUCUUGUUUCGAGAAGACGAGCUCGAAGAGAAGCUGUGCGACCCUCAGCGCGGCCUUAGCUUGGAGGAGCAGCAGAUCUAUCAGGACCUCCUGACGAUCAAGUCUUUCCUCAGCAUAUCGGCGACGCAGCUCACCCGGUUUGGGCUCGACGUCAUCAGAAGGGCCAUGAAGCCAGGCUCAGUGGCGAUCCUCUUCCGCAACGACCACUUUGCGACAUUGUACCGCCACCCGCAAACCCUGGAGCUCUUCACCCUGGUUACCGACGCCGGCUACGCCGGGCACGCCGAGGUUGUGUGGGAGUCCCUCGUCGACGUCAAUGGCGAAAGCGCCGAGUUCUUCUCGGGCGACUUCCGCCUCGUCGGCGGCGCGGCUCACGACCAGCCGGGUCCCUCAGCCGGUCGCUCGGCUGACGCGGGCCACGACGGAGGCAACGACGGGUGGACAACGGUCCAGAGUCGCCGCGGCCGCGCCCACGCCCAUGCCUCCCGUCAGAGCGCCUCGGUGGAGCCACCACUGUCCCCGAACCACGAACAGGAAGACCGAGACCUCGCGCUGGCGCUGCAGCUCCAAGAGGAAGAAGACGAGCGCGCCCGCGCCGAUCAAGCGCGCCGCCGCCGCGAGAGCAUGCUCUCGGAGCAAUACAUCGAGCAGCAAGCCCGCACGGGCGCCAACACCGGCGCCGGCGGCCACGCACGCCGCGGCAGCAGCUCCGCCGCCCUCGCCACCGGCCCGCACCAGGCAUCGUCCUCCGACGCCACCACCGCCGGCCGGCCUCGCCCCUCCACACAAACAGUCCGCUCCCUCCUGCCCCCGCACACCACCACCACCAGCACCCCCACCACGUCCACCGUCACCGCCACCAACCGCCCUGCGAACGCCGACGCCCUCGACGACGACGACGUCCCGCCCCCGUCGUACGAACAGGCGGCCAAGCAGCUGCCGUACGUCCCGCCUGCGGGCCACCCCAGCCACCCGGCCAGUCCUCCGACGGCGGACGGGGCCAGCGGGAGGAGCGGGGCUGCGGGUGGCGGGUUCCUCUCAGCACCGCCGCCGUCGUCGCAGGGCUGGGAUCCGGGGCUGGCUCCCGCUCCAGGGCAAGCGCAGGGGCAGGAAAGGCGGAGUCCGAGGGGUGGAUAUCCCGCUGUCCAUUACGGUGAUGGUCGCGGCGGUGAGGGACGGGGAGGGUAUAGAAGGGGCUGGGGAGGCCCGUCGUCGCCGGCGCCGGUGCCGGCUGGGAGCGCGGCGGGUGGGGGUAGCGGGCGGGAGCGGGAUUGUGUAGUUAUGUGA